GGGACGGGCGGGGGCGUGGCUGGGGAGGAGCGGCGCUACAGGUACCCACCGGGACCCUCCGGUAACUCCCGAGACCCCUGCAGUACCCCCCGGGACCCUCCGGUACAUCUCUGGUACCCACCGGGACCCUCCGGUAACUCCCAGGUACCCACCGGGACCCUCCCAGACCCCUCCGGUACUCACCGGGACCCUCCGGUAUCUCCCGGGACCCCCCGGGACCCACCGGGACCCACCGAGACCCCUCCGGUACCCACCGGGACCCUCCGGGACCCCCCGGGACCCACCGAGACCCCUCCGGUAUCCUCGGGACCUCUCAGGAUGGCGAGCGAGCGGCUGCGCAGCGCCCAGGACCUGCUGGACCUGACCUUCCAGUCCCUGGCCAUGCAGCACAUGGACCUGAAGCAGCAGGUGGAGCUGGACUCGGCCGUGGCCAAGGUGGACGAGCUCUCCCGGCAGCUCGAGUCCCUCUGGACGGACGGGCCCGGACCCCCCCCCAAAGAGCAGAGCAGCCCCGGCCGGAGCCGCUCGAGCCGCCGGAGCCUCCUCGGGGACGCUCUGGAAUUGGGGGGGGGUCUCGGGGACCCUUUGGGGCGACCCCCCGCCCCAUUUCCUGGGGGGGGAGCUGGAGCGCGCCCCCUCCCCCCGGCCCAAGGUGCUGGCGGUGCCCAGCCCCGGGGGGGGAGGGGCGGGGGGCGGCCGAGCCCCCCUCCCCACGGCCCCUGCGGCCCUUCGAGCUCCUGGGGGGGCUCGGGGGGUCCCCGGGGGGGGCGUUCGGCACCGAGAGACCCCCGGCCCCCCCCCCCGUACGAGGUGCAGGCGCUGUACCCGUCCCUGAGCGGCCCCCCCGGAACGUUCCGGGCACAGGAUGACCUCGGCAUCAAGCGGCGGCCGCAGAAGAGUUGGAACGAGUCCGACCUGGACGUGGCCUACGAGAAAAAACCGCCGGGCCCGGGGGGCUACGACCGUGAGAGGGGGCUGGGGACACCGGGGGACACCGGGGGGACAGCGGCUGUGCCCCGCAUCUGA